AUGGACAAUGAUGAUGAUGACUCACAAGAAAAGUUGAAGCUCAUCAUUGCUGAGCUCAACUCGUUCAUCUUGACUAACCCUUUUUCAAAUCUCGAGCAUCAUCACUUCAAGCUCGUUAGCGAUGAAAACUCAUCAGUGUUGAAUCGUUUGAACUCAAUGAGAAAAAAGCUGGAAAGGAACUUCAAGAUGAAGAGAUAUUUGAAGACACUAGAAUUUUGUGUUACUGUGGUGUGUGACAUGGUUGCUGUAACAACACAUACUUUAAGUUCAGUAGUCACUCAGAGUCUUGAGAGGGAGCUUCUACACUUGAGGUUUUCAAGAAGGUUUCUUGGUAAAGUUUGUGAGCAGCUUGAUAUGGCAACCAAGGGAUCUUAUAUAUUAAAGAAAGACUUUGAUACAAUGAGUAGGCUUGUGGAUCGGCUUUACGAUGACAUUGAACAUGUAAGGGCAAUGGUGCAGCUAUGUUUGGACAAGAAGAUUGAUAAAUUCUGUGUGCAAAUAGUGAAGGAGCUUACGAAAAGUGAUGCUGGAUUUGGGAAAAAAGUGGAAGAACUCAAAGAGCAUGCGUGCUUGUGCCUUGUGACGAUUAACCGAUCAAGGGAUUUGGUCACUAAGGAAAUGGCAAAAAUGUGUGCGUAA